AUGCCUUACCUGGGGCCUGACAUGACAACCCGGCUAUCCGCCAUGUUUUACACGGUCGAGGUCGGGGACACCAAGUUCACCAUCCUGAAGCGCUACCAAAAUCUCAAGCCUAUCGGUUCAGGUGCGCAGGGGAUAGUAUGCGCGGCGUAUGACACCGUCACUGCGCAAAAUGUGGCAAUUAAGAAGCUAUCUAGACCCUUUCAAAACGUGACACAUGCGAAGAGGGCCUACAGAGAAUUCAAGCUCAUGAAGCUCGUCAAUCACAAAAAUAUAAUUGGUCUUCUCAACGCGUUCACGCCGCAACGAUCGCUGGACGAGUUUCAAGACGUGUACCUGGUGAUGGAGCUGAUGGAUGCAAACUUAUGCCAGGUGAUCCAGAUGGAUCUGGAUCACGAGCGCAUGUCGUAUCUUCUCUACCAAAUGCUGUGCGGCAUCAAGCACUUGCACUCCGCCGGCAUUAUUCAUAGGGAUCUAAAGCCGAGCAACAUCGUUGUGAAGUCCGACUGCACGCUGAAGAUUCUUGACUUUGGCUUGGCGAGGACCGCUGGUACCACCUUCAUGAUGACGCCCUAUGUCGUUACACGGUAUUACCGGGCGCCCGAGGUGAUUUUGGGUAUGGGUUACAAAGAAAAUGUGGAUAUUUGGUCGGUGGGAUGUAUCAUGGGAGAAAUGAUACGUGGUGGCGUACUCUUCCCGGGCACGGAUCACAUCGAUCAAUGGAACAAAAUAAUCGAGCAACUUGGCACUCCGGCCCAGGAGUUUAUGCAACGACUACAGCCGACCGUCAGAAAUUACGUGGAGAACAGGCCGCGAUAUCCGGGCUAUCCCUUUGAGAGGCUAUUCCCGGACGUUCUGUUCCCUUCAGAUUCCUCGGAGCACAAUAGAUUAAAAGCGAGCCAAGCCAGGGAUCUAUUGUCGCGCAUGCUCGUGAUCGACCCGGAGCGACGUAUUUCCGUCGACGAGGCGUUGCUACACAAUUAUAUAAACGUCUGGUAUGACGAAGGCGAAGUGAAUGCGCCUGCACCAGGCCCAUACGAUCACAGCGUGGACGAGAGGGAACACACGGUGGACCAGUGGAAAGAGCUGAUCUACCAGGAAGUAAUGGAGUAUGAAACAAGCCAUAAUCCCGCGGCGGUUGCCCAGUCAUCAGAGACGGCUGGGAGCCGGUAGAUACCGCGGGGUAGCAGCCCACAUGCAUCCGCGAACCCCUUCUCGUUGAGGAAGCAUCCGGACACUUUGACUUAUUGCGUAGACGUCGCAAAGGCAUCGUAGUGAGAUGGCAGGAAGGGAAACCGGGGGAUGAGAACGAGACAGAAGGAAGGCAGACAGAAAAGAAGAUAGAUCGACGUCCGCGAACUGAUCUCCCUCUGACGAUCUUUUAAAAGCAGGAAAGAAACGCGCGGGGGAAAGCGAACAAAAUAUCGAGGCUUACUCUGUCGAGCGUCGCAGGAAGGCAACGGUUGAUCCUUCUCUUUCUUGGACGACGUGGACAAAUGCUCCAUCAGAAAGUUAUCGAGAAAUGCUUCGGAUAUCCUGGAGAUCUCUCGUCAUUCUCCUUGCGAUUACCGGAGCUAUGGGAAUCGAGAAGGAUCGCGAAACACGCCGCGAGACGCGUCAGGAUCGAAAAGACUUGAUCCUUUGAUCAGAGAGAGAAAGAGAGAGAGUGGAAGAACGAGCGAACUGCCUGAACGAAGAAGAAAUCACCGCGUCAUCGUCCUCUCAACUACUGCCAGCCUGGGUUGUCGGACGAGUCUCUUCUCUCUUCCCCUCGGUUCACGCGUCUCAACACCUCGCGACCACCGGGAACCUAUAGAGCCUCGAUCCACGGCGCGAUAUUUCUGUCUCAGUCUCCGUCAUGUUAUUUUUUGUGGUGUCCACUUGAUUUUCUCCUUGCGAGUUUCCGAUGCUCGAAGGUGUUUCUGAUUAUCCACAUCGUCCCGCAAUCUUGAACGACACUCGCCAUGCAUUCUUGUAGCAAUAAAAUCGAUGUGGAAGAUAAACGAUGUGGAGAUAUCACUCCCGUGGCACGGUUUUCAGGUUUCACGACGAUCGCAGACUCGAUCGUUCCUGUUAAUUUCUCCGAAGGAAAGGAAAGGCUUGAACGAUCGAGGGUGCGCUCGAUCGCCCGUUGCGACCGGCGGAAGGACUGAUCGAGCGCGUUUAUCGUUUGCGCGCGAGCAAGUACAUAUACUAUAUAUUUUUCGUACCAUUGUUAAGCACACACACACGGGAACACACAUGAUUCUGAAUCACGUAUAUCGUAACUUUAACGCGAAACUAUUCUACGCUCUUUUAAGGGAUUUACGGGGUACAAAGUUUACACCAUGAGGUGAUAAGGGUGAAAUUGAUCACAGAGCUUAUAUGGUCGCUCGAUCGUCCUGUUGCGGGCAAAGCCGGGCGAUCGCCCAGAUGACCCAGACCUGACCCUUCGGUAGGAAGCCGGAAGUCGCGCGGGAAGACAUAAGUUAGGUAUAAUCGUUAAUUUCAUUCAUGUGACUCCGUACGAUAAGAUACGCGUGUCGCGCAGUGCGACGAAGCGCGUAACGCGCCAGGGAAAUCGCGUCACACGCCGAGUCUCGAAGCUGAUCGUGCUCUCUUCGGGGGAAGGAAGCGCGAUCGGCGAGGAGGGAGUAGGAUUUUUGUACAUAAUAAUGAUAAUUAUUAUUAUUGCGAGUCCAAGUUUGCGCUGAACGGGAAAUGUCCGCACGAUCUCGCGUACGAUACCGAGUUUUUCGUAAGCGUGCAAAAACCUUUUCGUUCGGACCUACGCGUCUCCGCUCUGUGUGCUUUUGUCUCGGUCGUUAUCAGUGCCAGUAGAGAUAUCACUUCGCGAUCUAUCAUGAUGUUUCGUAAUUUGUAAUUUCCUUAGCCGUAGUUGGGAUCGGUGAUGAGAGCGUUGAUUAGUUUUAUCGAGUCGAUACGGAGAGCGAGGGAGGAAGAACUAGUGCAAUGCCACAACGAUCGAUCCUCGUAACGGCGUAAUCGGGUUACGCUAUCAUUGCGAUCCCGCAAUUACCGAUUAUUACGCUUUUUAAGUAGGGCGGUAGCGAUACCGCUUCACGUGCAAUCUCGCGUGCAACGUGCGACGCGAUGGACUCACGGUGCUUAGUACUUUUGCAAUCGGCGAAACGAACCGGGGAGGAACCCGAUGAUAACUCGACGCAAUAAUCGGUGGAAGGUGAAGGUAACAAUCGCAAUCGCGUGCGGCAGAUCGAGAGCGGCGAUCUCGCUUAGUUCGCGCGAAGUAUUCCCAAAGGCGUUUAUUGAAUUUUUAUUCUUUUUAUUAGAUCGUGUGAAUUCGUACUGUAUAGACGAGUAUAUAGUAUAAAAGGGGAGGUGUACCUCCUCAUCUCUCUCGACAGAGUAUCGCGAAGCGACCGUCGUAACGAUGAACGCGAGGGUGGACCGGGUUGAGGGAGCCGACGCUGAUGAUGAUAACGACAACUACUAUAUGAGAUAAUUGUAUUUAUUACGAGAGGAGAGGGGCUAUACAAAUAAAAUACCGAAUCGACGAAUGAUGAUGAAGAGUAAUUGUAUAAUGUAAACGUUUAAAUUUUUAUUUUCCACGACGAUAUAGUUAUGUGAAUAUAAUUGCUACAGUCCGAUCCAAAUAUAAUCAAGCUUUUGUAACACUAAUUAUAAUAAAAAAAAAGUCUAAUGACGAUACUGCUGAUAAUUACACGUAAUGUAUCGCACACACACGAUUAAGGAACAAGAAAAUAUUAUAUAAAAGUACGAGCUAGAUAAGCGAUCUCGUUUUUGCGACGUGUACGGAAGCGGAGAGCAGUGCGCCAAAAAUCUUUACAAAUUCAGCUAGUUGCCGUCGCGCUGCCUGGACACGCGACUGUCCCUUUUUCCCCAUCAACGCAUUUUUCUCUCGCAUAUUGUCUGACACUGUGUAUAUCCCCAUAUAUGCGUAUUGCGAACGAGCUUGUGACCGUUAUGAGACUAAGAAGAAACGCUGGAACGCCCUUGUGUCGCGCUAGUUUCGAGCUCUGUCCGCAAUUUGUUGCCAAGAAACAUUGUACAUUCACGGCUUGCUGUAUUUUGCAAUAAGGGAGCUGAUGAAAAUUUCCGAGCUCGAGAUGGACGCAGCAACUUUGCGGUGUUCCAAGUGUCGAUCCUGUAAAACAAAAAAUAGACUAAUUAAACGGAUCGUUCUGUGAGAUUAGGUUCCUAAUUGCCAAAAUCGGAGAUUGGUCUCAAAAUUCUGAGCAGAUAAGAUAAUUAAAUCCGAGAUUCUUGGAUCGUCUUUCAUCCUUCGGAGAGGGAUCAUCCGUUUAGCGUCUCACACACACACAUUGAAUAUUACAAAUCACAAAAUUUUCGAGCCACUUGGAUUUUGUAACAUUAGAGACAUAAUUCUCCAGAAUGAAAAUUCCCCCCUUGCCUUUUUCAGGCUCAUACAUCCCCUUCUUUAAGGAGUGACAUUUCACUGCAUUGCUGUGUCUGUUUUGCCAUACCAUUUAUUCGCAGAUUCGUUGCGCAUGUCUCGUCCCGGGAAUCAACGCAUAAUGAGAUAUAUUUUACGGCCCACGCCACCACCGUAAACCGCGUUAAGUAAAGUCAAUUAUAUUUAAUUAACGGACGAUACUUUUAGCAAUUAAAGGCGCACCCAGAUUAUACACCUCUUGGGCAUUGCAUCUGUACACAGGGUAAUUUCUGCGGCCCUUCAUGUGCGUGUACUCACAGGGUGACUCUCGUUGAACUUAAGCGAAAGACAAGAGACAAACCAAACAAAACAAAUUAAGAGAAACCAGAACUAAGAAAAAAGUUGUAGCUGUUCCAAUAGUGCGGAUGAUGGACAGGAUGAGCGACAAGGGAGAGAAAGUGAGGGAAUGCGUGCGUGCGCGUGAAAGAGAGAAAGAGAUACAACUAUUUUUCCAUUUAAUCAGCUAAAAAGAGCCUUUUUCUUCGCACAGUGAGCGCGCUGAAGGGAAACUCGGUGAACCGUGAUUCCUUGAAAAUUUCGUCCAGCUCCUUCUUGAGCCAGCACAAUCUUUUGAAUCACUUUCGAGAAUCGCUGAAUCGCUUGCGACGUUUCUUUCCCGUCUGCGAUACAAGAGAGAGAGAGAGAGAGAGAGAGAGAGAGAUAUUGAGAACAGACAAAGAUUUUGUAAUAUUCGCUACGAUAAUCUCCCCGCGGUAUAUUUGUACCUAUCGUAAUUGAGAAUUUCUAAAGAUUUUUGGAUAUACGCCGUGUUAGCGAGAAAGAGAGAGAGUGAGAGAAAGAAUGGGAGAGAGUGAGAGAAAAAGAGCGAAAGAACGCGAAGAUAACUACAUUCGCCCGGUUUCGGAAACGUUAUCACUUUUAUCGAACGGGGAGGAGGGGGCACGGCCCGGAUCACACCGCAGGACAUCGUCCUCGAUGAACAAACACACACACACACACACAUACAUACAUGUAGCAGUCAGAUACACCACACGCGCGCGUGCACGCACGUACACACAGAUAACACACUGUAAUGUAGUUUCGUGGCAGCUCGUACUACGUUCUUCUCGUUUCCAUAGUUAAAGCAAACGUAGUAAGCGAUAAUAAACGGUAGCGAGUAACGAUAAACAAGUAAAGUAACGAUAACGAUAACUUAAUAAAUAGUAAAAGAUAAUAAUAGUCAAAAGAGAAGAAUAAAAACAAAAGAAGAGACGUUGUACGCGGAGUGUCGCGUAGAGGGGUGGGAAAGAUGAAUGGUGGAGGGCUCGCCCGGUUAAUUACCUCGCGAAAGCCGCGCGAUGACUCCCCUAUUUCCGGUGUAUCGAUCGAUCGCAAAAUCGGCGCGAAACUUACCUUAACUCACUUCUUUUCAAUACGUAGAAAAAGAAACAUGACUGUAUACGACGAUUGUUAGGAUCCGGUGAGCGCGCUCGGAACGCGCAACGUCGAUAGCAGAAAAGAGGAGAAAGAAGGAUAUAAAAGCGAUCAACGCGAUUGUGUCGAGCGAGAAGAGACUGUAGAAAAUAGCGGGUACCUUUCAGUCAUGUGCCUUUGACACCUUCGGAAGAGAAACCACACUGAUUAACGCACUCGAGGCCGAGAAACGAUGAGGGAUACGGAUGGAGAACCUAAAUGGAGACGUUACCUUGAGGGACUUCCUGAAUCCCUUCUCUUCACGGCAUUGAGUAUUUCCUAUUUUAUCCUGAAUAUAUUCGCGAGACGAAGGAAAAGUGGAGCUCCCUUAAAGUAACGUCUCCAACAGUUGACGGAAUCCAACAAUGUCGGAGAUGCAAGAAAAGAGAAUCAGAAAUGAAUAUUAUUAAUGAAUAUAUUGAAAGAGAAAUUUCUUUUUAGUUUGCUAAUUAUAAUUAAUCUCCUCUCGCUUAAAUCCCUCUUUUCUUCUUUUCUCUUGCUCGUUUUUGCGUUUUUUGCUCAAUAUCAUAUCGUUAUUGAACUCCUGAUGAAUCACGAUGCAUGAAGAGUGAAAAUAAUCCGUAAUUUGUGACAAUACAAUCGGAAGUUUCUAUUUUUAAGUCCUUGAUUACAGUUAACGCUGACGAUUAUAUUUUCACCGCAACUUAAUUAAAUUUAAUCUCGAUUCGUAUAUCUUUUCGCGUCUCGGCCUCGCUCGUUCGACGCACCUUCAAGAUUAUGGAAACCAUGUUGCGCUUUCGCGGGCAGGAUCGAGUCUUCGAUUCGCGGUGAUCUCGGUGAACGUGUCCUGGCGGCCGCCAAUCGCUUCCGAAACCAGGGGAAACAGACUCUACGUUAUUACACACAUACAAUAUACAUAGAAUCUAGAGUAACAGAGAAAAGGUAUGAGACGGAACUCGGCUGACAGAAGCACCGCGAUUGAAAAUAUCGUAGCGAGAACGAGAUGAGCGUUAAGGGAUACUAACUAACGAUUAAUAAUGAUAAAUCGUUUAAAGAGCGGGUGAGUGGCACAUGAGCGAUAAUUCUCUUUUUUAACGCGCGAUGAGGGAGGGCGGGAUAACGUGUAACAAAAGCGGAUUAUUUUGAACGACGACGACGACGAUCGACGCGUCGAGCGAAGCUCGGUUUGGGUGGGCAAGGGAAAAAUUAAUUAAUGAAGAGAAACAAACUAAUAAUGUCCAUGUUGCUAAACUUAGCGGUGAGAUAGAUAUCGCGCAUAGGCGAGACGUCUUAAUUUAAAAGAAAUUAGUCCUUAAUAUAGUGAGAAUGACAGAGAGAAAGGGAGAACGAGAGGGUGAGAGAGAAUGAGCGAGAGUGAGAACGAGAAAGAGAGAAAGAGAAAGGGAGAGAAAGAACAUGCAUACACACCACAAACACACAGGACAGCGUAGCGUCUGCGAUAAAAAUCACUUAGGAUAGACAUCUAGAUCGUUAUCGUAUCGAGCCCGUUCCUUCGUAUGUAGAACAUAGCGCGGAAAACGCCGAUGAUUCUGAGUGACCGCGAGGGCGGUCACUUCCGGUAAAGGAAAGAAGCGCUCUUCCUCCAGCGAGCGUCGUUUCGUCCCGCGAGAACAAGGACGCGGUGUGUGGGGUGGAUCGAAACGGGAUGAUCAGAACGAUUUCGUUAAGGGCUCGAUUCCGCGGAAUGAUCGUUACGAUCACAGAUACUCCGAUUGUUCCGCGGGAACAAUCCAGCCUGAACUGAAUCGAUGUCGAGGCGACAUUUCCAGAUCACAAGCGAUCGCGACGGCUCUACAAUCUCCGCGAAAUUUGAACUCCCUUCGAAAUCCUGAUCCGACGAGCUAACUCGUCGAUUCCGAUUUCGAUUCCUUCGACGCCGGGUCACGGAGAUGGCCCCCUGCCGAUCGACGAUGACUCCCGAGCGAGUUCUCCCUGUCGUUUCCCCUGUUGACAGGAACGGGGGUGGACCAAUCGCCAGAGCAAUAAUGUUACUUUUACCGCUCUUUCGAUCUGUGUGAACCUUCCGUGGUGGAGCUGUGUGGAACUCCGGCCACGUUUUCGUCGAAAUUCCGGCGAAUUGCCCGCGAGAGUAACAAGAGUCGAGAUGGAGUUUCGAUCGACGAUCUAGAGAGAAAUCUUGGCGUAGAAAUUCGCUCGUUUCCUCGCUGACGAUCUCUCGCCGGGACCGAUCGGCGAUCCGGCAGGCGCGAACUCGUUUCCGCGGAUUUUCGUUCUCAAGCUUGGUGUACUCUCGACAGUUUUACCGUGAAUCCCUCUCCGGGAACGAUCACGGACGGGGUGCAAUCGAUCGAGAAGUGAUCCUUCCUCUGACUCGUUUAUUCAACGAGUGUAUCCUUCGAGUGUCACGCAUACAGACACAUACACAGAUGACAGUCAAGAUUCAUACAUUUCCGGUAUGAAGCGACUCCUCGAUCGAGCGUAAAAGCGACCGUGAGUUUCAGCAGGAGUGUCCAUUGGAGAGUUCCACUCUUCGAGGGCUGAUUUUCUGCCGACGAGCGGUCAGUUUCGCUUUCUAGGAGCGGUACUCGACAGAACGACCCUCACGGAUAGCGGAAUCGAGAUUGAGUCGGCAGAGAAUUUCACUCUCCGAUGACGGUUCGCGGUACAAACCCUCGAGAGUGCACCCUGCACAGGGUCUCAGACAAGAAAUUGAGAAAUAAAGGAGAUCAUGGAGAGCAGGGGAAGAAAAGUGACGGGGGCGAAGCGAGUCUUUCUUUUUUCUAGAGCCAACACUCACGGAUACACGGACGUACACAUACACACAGAGUAGUCACGUGAAAAGCGUAAACUUAAAUUAUUAUAAAUACUAUAUACUAAAUUAAUAUUAUUGAAUAUAUACCUCUUCUGUACAUACAAGUAAGCGACAACAAUAAUAAUGAAUAGUAAUUGAUGAUCGUGUACGAUGGACGAACGGUAGAACGGGGCGAACACAAUAAUUGCGCAUUGUUUUUAGCAAAAGAAGAAAAAAAGAAGAAGAAAAUGGUGGCGACCGAUUUAUUAAGUUGUGUAUAUUAAUAAGUACGAUUGUAUUGUAAUUAUACACUUAUACUCGCGGCGAUACGAUGAUAUAAUUGUAUGAAUCCAUACACAUACACAACACACAUACACACACGAACGCAGUAUAAAUAUUAUAAAUACAUUAUAGUAACGACGACGGCGAUGUGAUGGAGAGACAAUGGUGAUUUUUAUUAUAUUACGAUUAUUAUUAUUAUUAAUUAUUGACUAUUACCAUUAUUAUUACGAUCAUUGCGCUAUUAUGGUUGUAUUAUACUGUAUUGAGGAAUAUAUAUACCGAUACGAGAACUUCAUGAGUCCAAUUAGACGUGAGCGUGUGCAACAGUAAGCCGAAGUAAACAAUGAAGAAUAAAGGCGCGUCGUGUUAUUUGUACUUAGAGAGUUGUACCACUUGUAUCUAGGCCAGAUUAUACAAUCGAGGCUCGUCAGAGAUUCUGCCGUGUUUCUUUCCUUCCAAUCUCCAAUCGCUAUCACCGUCGAAACGCUGCAUCGAGCCCCAAAAGGGCUCUUCGAAACGAACAUUCGUCGUGCGAUCGGAAACGACCAGCAAUAUCGAUACCCGAUGAUCUUUUUUAUUCAACAGGCGAAGGGAAGCACGUUUUUUUAUUUAUUUGACGCAAACGUCAAAAUUGUUUCAAUUAAUAUGCGCGGAUGAUAUCGAUGUAAGUAACGUGUAAUACUUCUUCUACAAGAAUAUCAGAUGGUAGCGUGUAUACUAUCUUCGAAGGCUUCGAGUAUCGAUAAUCUGGAGCAUCCUUUGACUUGGGGACUUCGGGACGUAGGAUAAAUUUUUUUCAUCGACAAAAAUCAUCGUCGCGUGUCGUUAGCUCUUAGCCUUUUGCGAAUACACCAAUGUAUCAAAUCGCGUUUUGUCGAUCGAUAACUCUCUUGUUUGCAUUUUGGAUUUUUCUAGGGAUACACAUACGUACCCACAAACACAGACACACACACACAUAUACUGACACAUAUACACAUAUACACAGGUCCGCUAGAAGCGACUUCGCGAAAAAUGGACGAAUCGGGAAAUAUCGAUCACGAUUCUUUAUUUGAGAAGCCGUAAAUUCUUCAGCUUUUAAAUUAAUGUACCAUUGACUUCAUAAUCCUAUAGAUAAUUAUUUCCUACCUUUUUAUUUAUUUCUAUUUGUCUAAUUAAGAAAAUAAAUACAAAAAAUAUUUAUUUUUUUCUAAGAUUAAAUAUAAUAAUGAAUAUUUAUUUAGGUAUUAGAAAAUUACAAUUUUAUGAAUUUUUUGUUAUUGACAAACAUUCAAAAACGGAUUUAUUCUAUAAUAUUUGAUCCUCUAUAUGGAUCCUAUAAAUGGUGCCAAUAUUUUAAAAAUAUAUAAUGAUCAAUAUAACACCAUGCAGGGAAGCGUUAGAAAUUUUUGGUUGAAAUCGAAUAAGAGCUCUUAUUCAAUCCUAUAAAAAUAGCAUUCUCUCGAUUCGCCCGUUUUCUUUUUCUUGCGGAAAAAAACACAGAGGAGCCGUGCGUGUCCUUUAUCGUCUUGGAAAAGACGAGAGAUACGAGAUGCUAGACGAGAGUGAUCUUCUCGCACGUACUUGUCCCGGGAGAAGUCUCGAGAUUCUUUCGAGACCCAAAGAUUUCUCAAUUUGCAAGAGGAAUCGAUCCGUAUAUUAUUUCUUGGCGAGCUGAACCAAUGCUCAAUGCGACGCUGCCGUUGGUCUGAAAUCGAUAAUAAAAGAGAGCUGAUGAAUUACGAUUUUCUUUACCUGUCUGUGUACCUAUAGGCCUGUAUAACGUGUAUAUGCAGAGAGUGAGAAAGUGGAAUAUAAAGGAGUAACAAUAAAAGUGAGAAAAAGGAGGAAGCAGCAACAACACAAGGAUACACACUUUUUAUAUAUAUGCAUGAUUUAUAAGUUUUAAUUUUUAAUAUUAAAGGAGAUAUAUAUACCACACACAUGUUGUAUGUGAAUGAAUUAUUGGUUAUUUAAAUUGAUGUUUUAAAAUA